CAGAAGCCGCCAAAAGAGCUGGAUCCACCCCCGAAAAAGGGGGGCGUUUAAGCUAGGACGGGAGAAAGCAAAGGCCCAUUCAAGGUGACCGGAUGGCGCAUGCGAUAGAGAAGGCGCGCCCGUCUAGACUAUCGCCAGAGCCAAAACGGCAGAAAGAAGAGAAAGAGGGCAACGAAAGGGGUUAGACCGUCUCCGCUGGUCAAAGAUCACGGGUCACGCCAGACUGGAACGGAAGGGAAGAGCACGAUGCCGCCGUUCACGAUUGAGGUCUCUUAGUGUUGCAUGCCAGUCUCGAGUUGGGCGGGCAAAGCACCAGUCCGCUUCCUUGGAAGCACUCAAAAGGCACAACAAGACCCUCGUCGGGCCAAGAGCAUCCCGCGCUGGCUUUUAUCUCGUAAUUGGCCUCAUCAAUCCAUACCCACAAACGGCACAUCGUUCUCAUGGUGGCCAGCGCGCCCUUCUAGCUUGAUCAAAACUCCCUUCCCGACCGCCGUCUGCACAUCCACUCUGGACCUCUUCACCACACCACGCUGCUCACCCAACAGAGGUUUCCCUCUAUCACGCUCUUUUGAGACCGCGGACAGGCCAACCAACUAUUACGCUCUUUUUCUCUACCAGUCUCGACGCUCGUUUUCUCACUUCGUUGCAAGGACAGGGCCGUCAUCUCGUCCUUUUCCAAGAUCUUUGUGACAAGAACCUGUGGCUCUGACACAGCAGCCUUAUCGACUCGUCCGAUAUUGGAUCACCUCGAAUCAGAAUCCCUAAUUCACACCCUACCUUCGCAAUGAAGGGGAUCACGCAGUUCGCCCUCGCGGCCUCCCUGGUUGCAGGAACCCAGGCCUCGCACCAGCACCACCGCCACCACCACGCUAAGCGCGUGAUCGAGAACCUCGAGAAGCGCACUCCCGAGGUCGUCACCACCUAUGUCGAGGGCCCCGUCGUUGCCGUGUACGAGCUCGACGGUAAGGUCGUCGAGGAGGGGAAGGCCAAGGCUGGUCUUGCCGACGGUCUUUACUCGGUUAUCGGCGAGACCACACCGACCUUCACCCCGCCGCCGCCUCCCCCGCCCAAGACCACUUCGGCGAAGCCCACCACCUCGUCCACCUCGCAGGCGGCGCAGUUCUUCGAGCAAAAGGCCUCGCCGUCUCCCGAGCCCAAGACGAGCGCCCCGGCUCCCGUCUCGUCGAGCCCCAGCGUUGGUUCCGGCUCUGGCUCUGGCUCGGGUGCCACUGGCCUCGAUGCCGACUUCCCCAGCGGCAAGCUUGACUGCAGCUCCCUCCCAACCCAGUACGGUGCCCAGUCCGUCCCUUGGCUCGGCCUGGACGGCUGGCUCAGCUUCCAGCAGCCCGACGACAAGAAGUGGAUCCCCGGUGUUAUGAUCAACACCAUCCACCAGCCCAUCUCGGGUGGUUGCCCCAAGGGCGCCUUCUGCGCGUAUGCCUGCCCCAACGGCUACCAGAAGACGCAGUGGCCCACGUCGUCGCAGGGGUCCACCGGCCAGUCUAUUGGUGGUCUGUGGUGUAACGAGAACGGCAAGCUUGAGCUUACCCGCCCUGAGUUCCCCCAGCUGUGCCAGAAGGGUGCCGGCGGCGUCUUUGUCCAGAACAAACUCGAUGACGUGGCCAACGUCUGCCAGACCAACUACCCCGGUGACGAGAAGAUGUCGAUUGCCACCGAGACCAAGCCGGGCGGCAAGUACGAGCUCAUGAACCCGGACGCGAAGACGUCGUACUGGUGGAAGAACUCCCCGACCAGCGCUCAGUACUACCUCAACAACGAGGGUGUCGACGUCGAGAACUCUUGCACCUGGAAGAGCUCCAAGUACCCCGACUCUGCCGGAAACUGGUCCCCUGCCAACCUCGGCGUCGGCAAGGACAUCCACGGCAUCACCUACAUCUCCAUCUUCUGGAACCAACCUACCAGCAGCGCCAAGCUCAACUACAACGUCGAGAUCACGGGAGACGUCACCGCCCCCUGCGCGCUGAAGGACGGAAAAUUCACCGGCGGCGGCAACGGCUGCACUACCGCCAUUAGCAAGCCCGGCGGUACCGUCACCGUUGUCUUCAGCAAAUAAGCCCCUCUUGGAGGUGGCCCGGCCGUCCUGUGUUGUCUGUGGAUGUCUUACUCCUUAGUUUCUUGGUAUAUCUCGGUGGCAUUAGUUGCUUCAUCCGCUCUCCCUUUAUCGAAACUGUCCUCGGCACACACUUGCGGCUGAAGCCGAGGCGGGGGAGUGGCUCCUUUCCUAAGUCUAUUAUAAUUAGCUGUGCAUCCCUUGUAUCCUGCAUUGGUGAUGUCAUGGGUUGUAUGAGGUCUGGGGUUGAUGGAACCCGUGGAGCGUGCUCUCUCGACGUCUCGGGUUGCCGCAUUGUACCGCCCACCCUAACCGCAGCCCCUGGAUUUUUCGGAUUCGGGUGUUUUGGAAGAAGUCGGCUGGUUGCGCGGUCGGAGCCGUGGGUUGUUCUCACUCGCAUCGCCCUGCUCUCCCCAACCCUGUGUCCCUGUAGGGUCGCCAAGGUGCUUAUUUACCUAGUUGCUAAUUGUCAUUUGCUCGUCCAAAAGCAUUCUUCUCGAUAUUGUGCAGGGAGCUGGGGUUUGCCCAUGCGAGAGCUCCUUUUGUCUAUAGCACCUGCUUCGAACUCUCCACAAACUUAAAUAUGUAUCCGAGUACCACCUACGUACAUACCUACCUAUUUAAUCAAAUGCUGUACCGACGGAGAUGCG